AUGCUCUACCUGGUUGCUCUCCUCUUGCACUGUCUCCCCUUGGCCAUGGGACAGUAUGACAUUUGCAAGUCCUGGGUGACCACGGACGAUGGCCCGUCAUGGGAGUUUUACGCUUGUCAACCCAAGGCCAUGCGGAUGAAGGAUUACGUGACAGUACGGGUGGAUCCGGCAGGAAUCACUUGUGGGGACCCGCCGGAGAGAUUCUGCACCCAUGAGAACCCGUACCUGUGCAGCGACGAGUGCGAUGCCUCCAACCCGGACCUGGCCCACCCACCGAAACUCAUGUUCGACAGCGAGGACGAAGGGCUGGCCACGUACUGGCAGAGCGUGACGUGGCGCCGGUACCCGGAGCCGCUGCUAGCCAACAUCACGCUGUCCUGGAACAAGAGCAUCGAGCUGACGGAUGACAUUGUGAUAACCUUCGAGUACGGCCGACCCACCAUCAUGCUGCUGGAGAAGUCGCUGGACAACGGGAGGACUUGGCACCCGUACCAAUAUUACGCAGAUGACUGCAUGGAGGCCUUUAGCAUGCCAGCACGGAGGGUCCGGGACCUCUCCACCACCAGUGCCAACAGGGUCCUCUGCACGGAGGAGUAUUCCCGCUGGGCGGGCUCCAAAAAAGAGAAGACCGUCCGGUUCGAGGUGAGGGACCGCUUUGCCAUCUUUGCUGGCCCCGACCUCAAGAACAUGGACAACUUGUACACCCGGCUGGAGAGCGCCAAAGGGCUCAAGGACUUCUUCACCGUGACCGACCUGCGGAUGAGAUUGCUGAGACCGGCCCUGGGGGGCACCUACGUGCAGAGGGAGAACUUGUACAAGUACUUCUAUGCCGUCUCCAACAUUGAAGUCACCGGCAGGUGUAAAUGCAACCUCCACGCUAACCUGUGCACCUUCAAAGAGGGCAGCCUUCAGUGCGAGUGCGAGCACAACACCACAGGGCAGGACUGCGGCAAGUGCAAGAAGAAUUUCCGCUCCAGGUCCUGGCGAGCAGGAUCCUACCUGCCUCUCCCCAACGGGUCCCCCAAUGCAUGUGCAGCUGCAGGCUCAGCCUUUGGCACGUAUGAGCGACCGCAGCAGGUUACCACCGCAAAAACGUCCACCACAACAACGCCCACCACCACCACAACCACCACCACCAGCAUCCCCCUACCUGCCACCACCACCCAGCCAGCAAGCAUCAUCAGACUAGCCUCUGAGUUCGCUGCCUCUGUGCCCGUGAGAGAAACACAGAAAAAACCAGCUGUUCAGCGCCCACCAAACACAGCAGCACUUGGACCCAAGCCGAAGCCACCAGACCCUCCCAAGAACAUUCGAGCAGCUCCAAAGAGCAAAGCAGGGCGCACAGCACACUCUGCAGGCAAGAGGCACGGGAAGAAGCCAGCAUCCUCAAAGAGCUCAAAACUCAUCCGGCUCAAACCAGACUCUGUCCCAGUGGCUCCUAUUGAAACAUAUAAAGACUGCGAGUGCUACGGCCACUCCAACCGCUGCAGCUACAUCGACUUCCUGAACGUGGUGACCUGCGUGAGCUGCAAGCACAACACGAGGGGCCAGCACUGCCAGCACUGCCGCCUGGGCUUCUACCGCAACAGCUCGGUGGAGCUGGAUGACGAGAAUGUAUGCAUAGAAUGUAACUGCAACCAGAUCAGCUCCGUGCACGACCGCUGCAACGAGACCGGCUACUGUGAAUGCAAAGAAGGCGCCACGGGGCCCAAGUGUGACGACUGCCUGCCCAACUACUACUGGAGACAGGGCUGCUUCCCCAACGUCUGCGACGAUGAGCUCCUGCUCUGCCAGAACGGCGGCACCUGCUACCAGAACCAGCGCUGCGUCUGCCCCGUGGGCUUCAAGGGGGUCCUGUGUCAGCAAUCCAGGUGCGAAGCUGACAAAAAGGACUGCGACGGUGCCCCCAGCGCACGCGGCAGCCCCGGCACCAUCCUCCUCGGGGUGCUCGCCCUCCAGCUGCGCGGCUGGGUGGACCUCUGA